GGGAGAGUCAAAUGCCAAAGGUUGUCUUAUCAGGUCUUUGAUUCAAGUUUGCUGUUCACUUUUUCGUGUACAGGCAUGGGUGUGUGAGCAGUUUUUCUUUUUAAUCUCAAAGGAAGACAUUUUACACACAGUGAGAGGCCACAAUGAGGUUUGAGAAUGUCCUUGCUGAUAUUAAUGGAUUUGGAAGAUUUCAGAUAAUGAUCAUUGUAAUCAGCUUCAUUGGACGCUUCACACUGCCCUGCCACUUCAUGCUAAACAACUUCAUAGCAGCGGUUCCCUCUCACCACUGCGACAUCAGCUCGCUAGAUGAUGGAGAUCAUUUCAGGAAUUUAUCGCAAGCAGAGAGGCUUGUUGUUAGUAUUCCAGUCCAGGACGAUGGGACUCUGAGCUCCUGUCAGAUGUUUGCAGAGCCUCAGUAUGAUCUGCUGCUCAACCCCUCCAACAUCACUGACCUGCCCACAGUGCUGUGCCAGAAUGGAUGGGUGUACGAUAACACAACCUUCAAAUCUACUCUGACUUCACAGUGGGACCUGGUGUGUGAUAAAAGAGGAAAAAACAAAGCAACUGCGACCAUCUUCUUCAUUGGAGUGAUGUUUGGAGCUGUGACCUUUGGAAGUUUGAGUGACAAGUAUCUCAGUUUACAACUUAAAGUGUUUGGCCGAAGGAUCAUGCUGUUGGUGUCCUAUGUGUCUGGAAUGCUGUUUGCCGUUGCAAGUGCUUUUUCUUCAUCCUAUGUGAUGUUUGCAGUGCUGAGGUUCUUCACGGGGUUUUGCAUCACUGGCAUCGUCAUUGUUUCAGCAGUCCUUAGUGUGGAGUGGGUGGACGUUGAGCACAGGAAACUGGUGGGAGUGAUCGAUAGUUUAUCAUGGACAUUUGGGAACACAGGAUUUGCAGCUAUUGCCUACUUUGUUACUGACUGGCGGUGGCUGAUUGUUAGUGUCACAUCACCUCUAAUCUUGGCCAUUGUCACCUGGAGGUGGAUGCCAGAAUCGGCUAGGUGGCUCAUCGCCAAUGGAAAGCUGGAGCAAGCUCAGACGUAUUUGAAAAAAUGCGCCACAAUGAACGGAACAGAAGAGUUAAUUCACACACUUAAAACAGAGACACUAUCCACUAUUGUUGUGACAGAGAAAAGAGAUCGGACCUAUUCCUACCUUGAUCUGAUACGAACACCCAAGAUGAGGAAACUGGCCCUGUGUACUGGUGCAUUGUGGUUUUGCGUGGCGACUACAUUUUAUGGCAUCAGCUUCAACAUCACAGGCUUUGGGCUCAAUAUCUAUCUCACUCAGUUUACCUAUGCUUUAAUUGAGCUCCCAGCCAAAUUAUCAGUUUACUACUUACUGGAUAAGAUUGGCAGGCGACGGACUGAGGUGGGAGCUAUGCUGUUGGCUGCUGUCUGUCUUGGAAUCAAUAUUGUGGUACCUACAGAUAUGUCUGUUGUGAGAACAGUGGUAGCAGUCAUUGGAAAAGGGUUUUCUUCAGCAUCCUUUGCAACUGUUGUGCUCUACAGCUCUGAGCUCUAUCCCACUGUAGUAAGGCAGAAUGGUAUGGGCUACAACUCCUUCAUGGCUCGACUUGGUGUAGCUGUGGCUCCUUUGAUCCUCUUAUUGGAUGAUGUCUGGAAGGAACUGCCGCAAGUUGUCCUGUGCUCUGCAGCUGUAGUCGGGGGAAUAGUGGCAAGAAUGCUGUCAGAGACACGCAACAGGUGCCUGCCAGAGACCAUAGAGGAUAUUGAAGAGCAGUGGUAGUAAACACUGUCACUGGCACAUACUCAGUCAAGCAACGUUAUUUUUAACAGUCUGUUCUGGGUGAAUUUAUGUGCAGUUUUUUCUUGAAGCAGAAAAUAAAUAUUGGUUGGUUUGAAGGAUAUCAUUUCCAUCUUUCUCGGUUUUUGACCUCUACAUUUUAUCUUGUAACCUCUAGAUUGGGGAUCCCUGUAAUUAGAUAAAUUAGCGACACUUUACUGUAAGUCCCGUACUUUAACAUAAAUGUAAGCAGAUUUUUUAUUAAUAUAGAGAAAUACAUUUGUUUGAAAUUUCUUCAUAGAACUUAUGAUUGUUGAUAAACACUGUACAAUGUCCUUAUAGCAUCUAACUACAUUAUGGUGUGUUAUAAACCAUUUAUUAAAUGCUUGUAUGCUGUUUAUACUGUAAAUGCUAAGCGGGGGAACUUGAAGUAAGGGAUUACCAGUGAAUUAUAUACAAUAUGCGCAUUUGUGAUAAAACAAACUGUUUUAAUGAAAA